AUGUCCGGUGCGGCCGAGAUGCACGCGUCCGGAGAUCCGCCAGAGGAAGGCGGGGAGACUUCCUCUACGGCGACAGCUUCUGUCGACAGCGCGCUGGAACCCCGCGCGGCAGACAAGACAGGGAGCAGUAACCAGAAAAAUUCGCCUUCCGAAGCUUCGGCACCCCACGCCGAUUCCGACGCCAAUGGAUCGGCGCGAAAGGAUGGGCCGACUCCAACUUCUUCGUCUCCCGCCCAGAGCGAUCGGACAGAUAAAAAGGCCCGAAGCGACUCGCCACGCGCGCGAGACACAGGGCCGGCCGAGCCUUCUUCCGCUCCUGCCGAUCGCAGUUCGGAUGCGCCGGAGCCGGAUACGGCGGCGACUGCCGCGCCAUCUGCAGGCGGUGAAGACGUAAGUCUGAACUUCACGUCUCUUCAGACCAGCGAGAGCCCUGUGCCGUGGGGAGAUCCGUGGGCGUCUACGACCCCUGGAGCUGGAGAAACUCCCCCUGGACCAGACGCAGCAGAUGGUGGAGACUCUCAAAAGAAAUCGAAGGGAGGCUCGACAGUUGUGCGUUUCCAGGGGGUGACGAGCGACGAGGACAACGCGGCUACCAAGCCCACACGUCCGAGGAAGGAGAAUUCGGUAGAUAAGAUGGGAUUUGUCGAUCUUGUGGAAUCUUUGUUGCUUAACCACGAUACAACUGGGAGAACUGGUCGGUUCAUAGACAGCUUUUCAACCAGUGAAUUCGCCAGCGAACGCGACAGUGAUUUGGAUUCAAUGGUGUCGACAGAGUUGAAGGGGAGUGCACCCGACGACAGCCUAGUCUGGCAAAUGGAAGACAUCAUGGUGUUCGAAGAUCAGCUGCAUGCAGCGUUGAGCACCAAGCUGGAGCAACAUGCUCGUCACAUGGAGUCUUCUCUCAGAAAAGGCCUAGUCGAAUUGGAGGCCCAGCUCGGCGACGACGACGAAAUAAAAAUGAUUCACUACGAGGCCCGAAUGGCGGGGCUGGAUCUGAUUCCCGGGGUUGACACGCCUAACGACGCAUCCGUUCGGCGAAUCGACCUAAGCACUCUCAUGAAUCUCUCCUCUUCAAAUUAUGAGGAGUCAAUGUCCAAGUACAAACAACGGGCGAGCAGUGAGUUAUUGAUGCUCCCUUCUGAAACGGCGUUGCCGUUUUCACCACGACGGCAAGGGCCGGCAGUGCGCGGAAGUCCAGGGAGUUGGGGUGCUGAGAGUGGACGGUCGCCUUUGCAUCAGAUACAGGCGGAACUGCUCCGUCUAGGGAGCACGAGCAGCGAAGAGUCAACUUCUGAGGAUGACUCGACAGAGAAGCGGAAGGCUGCAAAGAAUUCUGCUCACUGUGCUAACGGGGACGGACGGAGCCCCGCUCAGUCCACUUCGUCUUCGGCGGCUUCUACGAAAGACAAACGAAGGGAUGCGGAGAGCCGAGGGUAG